UAUUGCCUUUGCUUGUUUAUUUACUCCAGCAGGCCACUCUUUUGUGUUAAUCUGUAUUUUAUUUGUACUUAAUAAGGGUUUCUUGUUUUUUUUUCUAGGUAGAUUCAUUUUGAACUCAGUGAUGACCUGUCAUCCUUCCCCUGAGAUGUUCCCUAUUAAGAUAGAUGACUUACUGCCUGAAGUGAAACGUAAAGUUAAAGCCAAGAAGGCUAAGGACAUUAAAGACAAUGAGGACAUUAAAGACAAUGAAAAUGUAGGAGAAAAUAGUGUAACUGAAGAGAAAGCUGCAAUUGCAUCGGCAUCGUGAUAAUUUUCACAUCACCACGAGUGGUAGCAUUGGUAGUUAUUGGUUUUCAACCAUGCUGCUAAUAGAUAAUGUGCAUGCUAGAAGUUUAUUAUAAAUAAAUUGAAUAUUAUAUAAAAGAUUAUUUUCAGUUAUUUUGGGAUGGAACGGCUUUGCUUUAUGAAUAAGUUCUCUACUGUUUUUGAUACAAAGUACUGUAUUGGGUAAAUAGGGUUUGUAGGCUGGCCAAAGUUUCAGCAGUCAAAAUUCUCCACAUUUGUGAAAAGUGCUUCUGGAUUGGUGCAAAUUUAUUGAUAGACUUCUCCAUUAAAUCCAGACCCCUUUUGGUAAACCAAGGAAAUGAGGGUGGUGGACUUUUCUAUAAAUCCUGCCAUCCUUGGAUCCAUCAGAAAAACUAUAAUAUAUUGACUAAAUUGAUGAUGUCAUCGGUUGUAGGAGGCAGCAAUCUGUCCACGCAAAAAUAUGAUUUACUUAUUGCUAAUUUUGAAAAAGAACAACCAAUGACAUCGUCAUUCUAGCCAAUAUAUAAAAGCAUUAAGAAGAUUUUGAAAAUUAAGUCUCAGUCACUUUUGCUCUACGAUGGUCAUAACCAAA